UGCUUGGAAAACACUGUUUACAGAAAUACUGGCGCUCCGCGGCAAUUUACUAAAAUAUUUAUAAUUUUUGAGAGUUUAGUUGCAAAAUAAUCAGCAAAAAUUGCGUCCGAAAGUUCUGAGCAACACCAAAAGAUGGAUCGGCGAAAGAAGCGCACAUCCACAAAUCAAUAUAUGAUGUACUUGGACAUGAUGGAGAAGGACUCCAUUUUUGCAACUGGACGCAUUCCACGCGAUGUUGAAAGUAAUUAUUUGCAUAAAAAAUGGAAAGAACUUUCCGACAAGUUGAAUACAUGUAACAGUGGACCAACAUUAACAGCAGAAGAAUGGCGCAAGCGACUAAACGAUUGGAAAAAUACAACCCGUUGUAAAUACAGACGAAGCGUUUCUGGUGAAAAAGAUGUAUCGUUAACCUCUUUAGAAAUAAAGGCACUUGAUCUCUUCGGCAAAGUACCAAACGCUGGAUGCGACCCAGUAAGCAUAACACUUAAAUCCGAGAAGGAAGAUCCAGACGAUGAAGUAGAACAUCAGCGUACAUCCGAAUCUCUGCAAAAAGAAUUGCAAGCUGCCGUUGAAGAAGCUAUUUGUGGUGACGACGACGACGACGACGCUCUGCAAGAUGAAAAUGAUGAAAACGAAGAUAUUAUUGCACAUGCAAUAUCGAACAAUGUGCAAACAUCUGUCGCAACCAAUACGGGUUCAGCAAAUGUUGGCAGCACAACCACAACUUAUCGCACGAUUGUGGUGGAAAAUGCGCAGUUCACAGACGAUGAACAGAACCAAGACCAUUUGGAGUUCAUCACACAACGGCGGCAUACAUUGGGACCGUCAUCGACAUCCAGUAAUGUUGUGGCAACAGGCGUACAAACGAUGGUGACAGCGGCUCCGCCACCUCAAACCACUGUUACCAAACUGAUCAACGGUGAGAUGCCGUUAAAACGAUUGCGUACGCAGCCACCCACCGAACAAGUUAUCUACGAAGUUAAAAAAGCACCAAUAUCGCAACCACGCACCAUAACAAUACAUAAUGCGGCAGUGCCGCAGGCGGAAAGCCACUCGGUAUCAAGUAACAAUAGCAGCCAUAAUGCUGCAGCCCAUCUGGUAGGCUUAAACAGUUUUCCAACACACGAUGCGCGUGAGAUUGCGCGCCAGCUCAAACGUCUGGCGGAUAUCAAGGCUGAAAAGCUGAAAUUCGAAAUAGCACGUUUCAAAUUUAACAACCCCGGUUUUGUUUAUCACUCAUCAACAUUAUAGUAUAUUUACCGCAAUAUCAAUGCAUUUUGAGUUGACAACGUGGAGGAGAGAUCGUGGAAAGAUCAUCCAUAAAAUUUUGUUUUAAAAAAUUUGUCUACAUAGUUAUAAAUCGACCCAAAUAUUAUAAUUUACUAAACGACUAGUAGUAGCAGAUCUAACGCUUUACACAGUCCUAAACUAAUAUAUUUUAUUUCAAAUACUUAUCUUUAUUAUUUGUAUUUAUCGGUUAAUAAUAUAUUUAAGGUAAUUUAAGUCUCAAAGAUAAAAUGAGUCAUGUCGUAGUAAAACUGUUUCGAAACUUUUCUAUUGCUGAGAAAUCUGUACAACCACUUCAAUAGCUGCCCUGCCAAGAGUGUCGCUCUCAAAUGCCAUAGUAUCUUUUGGUGUGGGUGCUUUACUUCGUUCACCAGCUUUUCAACUUACUUAAAUCAUAUGCAAUAUGCAUGUAUAACUAAGCAAAGUCCAAAAACUGUCACUCCAGCAGCACUCCCCAAACUUUUAUGGAGAAUCUUCGUGCUGUUGCAACAACAACCAGUCUUCUUGCAAUUACUUGCAUUAUGCGUAAACUUGAAAUUUGACCACAAAUGAGCGAGAGCUUGUUGCAAAUAAGAAAACAAAUUAAGUGUACAAUUGAUUUUAAUUACAUAUUAUAUUGUAUUUUACUGGAUUAUUCAAAAAUAUGUACUAUAAGCAUAUGAAAUU